UUCAAACUCAUUUGACAAGCCACCUCAAUCAUGUGUCUUAUAAAAGGCCUCAUAUGGCUUCUAGUGUGUUGGGUAAAGAAACUGAACAGCAUGGAGAAGAGUGAGGAAGAGUGAGAGCAAGCGUGAGAGCAAGAGGAGGAGGUGGAGCCAAUAUUUCUAUGGAAAAAAAAAUAUUUAACACUGGUUGACCAUUUACUCCAUCAUGUCCUACAAUGACCUCUCUGACCAAAGGAGGUUAACUUCUCUGUAUCCGGGCAUGAGCCAUUCCAUGUAACUCGGGUCGUAAAGAUCCCCUCCCACAGCCACAUGAUUGGUCAAAAUACAUUUGAAGCAAAAGAAAAAAGAGCUGCCCCGUUCACCCGUCUGCCAUAAGACCUCUAGAUCUAGAACGUAAUUUGAGACUAGUGAGAGAGUGAGGGAGAGUUUGCGUGAGAUUGAGAAUAGAUUCAUUCACUCAUGUACAGCAAAUCCUCUAACUCUAAAGCAUUAGUUAACUUCCCGUUUCAGGUCAUUAGUUUGGUUAAAAGUACCGGUAAAGACUCUUGACUCUACAACUCUUUUCUAUAUGGUCUAGACGUACGAGGAACAAGGUGAGAACUCUUGUGUCGCGUGUUGAAGGAGGAGAUCAAGCGAUGGCUCACCGUCUGUUCGAGGGCAAGGAGCAUGCAGAGGCGUACCUGAGGUUCAGGGUCUCGCCCUCGGAUCAUCUCAUACAGCAGGUGGUUGACUUUGUGGAAAAGAAGAAAGGGCGGCCUUUCGACUUGGCUCUGGAUGUUGGGUGUGGCUCAGGCCAGGGCAGCACCUUAUUGGCCAAUCACUUUGCGUCUGUGGUUGCAACUGACAUAAGCCCCGCCCAGAUAGAAAUGGCUGUGGCACAUGCUAGCAUGCCUAAUGUCACAUAUAAGCUGAGCACGGCCGAGGAGCUGCCACUAGCUGCCGGCUCGGUGGAUCUGGUGACCGCCAUGAGCGCCUUUCACUGGUUCGACCGCCCCCGCUUCCUCCAGGAGGCCCACAGGGUCCUAAAGCCCCACGGCUGCCUGGCUCUGCUCAACUACACCCUGGACAUGGAGCUGAGCCACGAGGGCUGCCCCUCGGACACCCUGAACGCAAUCUGCGAAGAGUUCUAUGCAGCGCUGCGACCACACUUCAGCCCUCACCUGAGAACCACCUCUAAACCGCUCUACAAAGAAAGCUAUGAGGCCAUCCCCUAUCCACACAAGGAGUGGCACGACGAGCGUGUGAGAAGGACGGUUCCUCUGUCCAGCUUCAUAGGGAUGGUGGAGACGUUCUCCAACUACCGAGCCCUCCUCAAGAAAGAUCCUAAGACAGCUCGCAGGCUGUCAAGCAUCACCACACACAAGUUGAUGACAGCCAUGAAGGUGACCUCUCCAGAGACGGAGGUCGUUGUUAACUUGAAGUACUUCUAUGUUCUCGCUUGCAAACCAGCCGAGGACUGAGCCCUCAACCGCAGAAGGGUUGUGGCUUCGUCCACAGACUUUCAAUGCACCUACCAAGCAUCACAUGCUAAGAAUGUAUCAUGUAUCCAAUGUAGAUUGUGUCAUAUUCCGCUACGUCUAUUGACUGAAGAUCAUUGUCUUACAUAGUAGGGUGAAUUAAUACUUGGUCUGGUCAGGAGAAAAAAUCUGUCUG